AAGCCGCGAGUGACGGCGGUGCGCGCGACGGCCCAAGAUGGCGGCGCCCAGCGUGCUCGGUGCGGGGCUGCGGCGCCUGUUCGCGGGGCUCCUCGGGAGCCGCGGGGCCGCGCCGCCCGCCCGGGCCCUGCGGGAGGUCGUGGAGGUGACUGAAGGCAACACCACCACAAUUGAAGGGAGAAUUAUAGAGGAUGCUGCGACACCGACUCCUCCAAAUCCCUCUGGCCAGUGUCCCAUCUGUCGCUGGAACCUGAAGCAUAAGUACGAUUAUGUGGAUGUCUUGCUGCUGAGUCAGUUUAUCCGUUCUGAUGGAGGGAUGCUGCCACGAAGGAUCACAGGCCUCUGUUUGGAGGAGCACAAGAAGAUUGCUGUGUGUGUGCAGAUGGCUCACCGUGCAGGUUUAUUGCCAGACCACAGGCCUCCACUUCCUGAAGGGCACGUUCCCAAGAAACCCAAGCUCAACAGGUAUCUGACUCGCUGGUCCGUCAAAUCUGCAAAGCCUAUUUGGAAGAGGGGCCCUAAGUGGUGCAAAAAACCCAUGCCAGUCGGACACCCUUUGCUGAAGGAUAACAUCAAAUAUACACACAAGCCUCUCUAUUUAAACCACUAGUGGCCAGAACUGGCAUAGUCAGGAAGCACAGCUGUUUUCCACUGUUCUGAGUUUUUUUGUAAGUUUGUCACUAUCUCAGAUUUUCUUAUUCCCAAACUGUCAUUAGUACUCUACAUUGGCUCCAGCGAUAAAGCUGUGAUCUGCUGCUUUAGGAGAAUGUAAGAUUCAGCAAAGCAAAGCUCAAUGUGCAGAAUAAUUUGGAGAAAGCAGCGGGCUAAGACUUCUACCUCAAAGCCAGAAAACAUCUGAAGGCUUUUGUUUCAUUGGGGUCUGCAACUGAGUUUUGAAGAAGUUGUUUCUUUCUUUUUCCAGCAAUGAAUGGUGAUUCCCCAUUAACAUGUGUUUCAACUCAGAUUUCCCUCAUUUGGGCUUUUGUACCUGUGACGCUGAUGGAAAAACAAGUCUCCUGCAGAACUGGGUUUCCUUGGCAGUAACAGAAAUUGUUAAUGACUGCUGAAAUGUUUUUUUUUUUGAUAAUCUGUACUAUCCAUAAUUUGCAGCAGAACAUGUGUGGCAGUAGCAGACAGGCAUGUAUGUGUCCUACCCCGUAAGGGUUCCUGGCUUGUGCUUCACUCCUGGAUCUAGCAAAUACAGAAUGUUGACAUCCUUGAUGACUUGGCUUGUUUUUUUCCCCUUGAAAAUAUAUUUGCCAUAAGUCUUCCUUGUCAGUGAUGUGGCUGCCUCCUGGGGCAGUUUGAGACUGAUAGGUGUGCAUAAUUUUACCUCCUGUAACUAAAAGGUGGCACCAUUUCUCUCCCUGUACAG